GGGGAUAAAUGGCCAGGGGACAGCUGACGAUGGCAGCGGACGAGUCUCCCGGCGAGGAACAUGUUGCGUUCAUGCAAUGGGCCAAGUCCCAAGGCGUGACGAUUAACGGCAUCACUCCAGCGCGAUUCCCCGGCCGACGCCUGGGCAUGAAAGCGACGCGGAUGAUAGAAGAGAAUGAGGUCAUGCUCAGCGUGCCCGUAUCAGCAAUGCUGACCAUUGACUCGAUCCCCUCAUCAUUCGUGGAGCAAUUCCCCUCAGGCUCAUCCAUCCACUGCAUUCUCGCUGCAUUUCUCAGCCACGGAGACGCCGCCUUACUCAAGGAGCUAGAGCCCUGGCGCAAGGUCUGGCCCAACUUUCGCGAGUUCGAGGACACCAUGCCCGUGCUCUGGCCGGAGCAUCUCCGGCGGUCCAAUUCCGCCUUCGAGAAAGCCACAAGCGACAGCAGCAGCAGCAGCAGCAGCGAGAGUUCCUCGUCAUCAGCACCACCAAGCCUUCUACCCCCCUCAAUCUCCGGACUCUGGAAUACCUUCCAGAAAGAACCAGUAGGCGUAGACUACGAAACCAGAUACCAGAACCUGCUGGGCCAGCAGGAGAACCGGCUACAGGCCGCAUGGGCACAUGUGCGCACCGUAUACCCAGAUAUUGACUGGAGCACGUUCGCCUACUACUGGUUCAUCAUCAACUCGCGGAGCUUCUACUAUGUCUCGCCGGGUAAAGAAGAGCCGGAGGACUGGAACGAUGCUAUUGCCAUGGUCCCAUUUGCGGACUACUUCAACCACGACGACGAUGCGGCAUGCGAAGUCAUCUGGACCGGCGAGAACUACCUCUUCAAAGCAACCCGACAAUACGACCUAAACGAAGAAAUCUUCAUGAGCUACGGCUCCCACUCCAACGACUUCCUCUUCGUCGAAUAUGGCUUCUUCCUCCCCACCAACCCCUCAGAUAGCAUCUACCUCGACGACAUCAUCUUCCAAGACCUCACCAUCGAGCAAAAGAAAGACCUCAUCGGGCAAGAUUUAUUCGGAAACUUCGAACUCACAUCCCCAACCACUCCACCAACCUCAACCAUCCCCAAGAAUAUCCAAGCAGCAGCCGCCCUGAAAACCAUGAGCCGCCGCGACUGGAAACUCUGGAUCACGGGGCGUUCACGGCGGGGGUUCUCUGCUGAAAAGUCCACGGAGGUGAUUCGGGGGUGGAUCGAGGUGUAUUGGGGGGAAUGCGAGGCGGUGAUCGGGCGGAUUGAGGAAGCGAUGGUAGCCCGAGAUGGUUCGCGGAGCUGCGUGGGGGACGGAGGUGAAAGUGGUAGUGGUAGUGGUAGUGGUAGUUUAGAGGGGAAGGAUGAUGGGAGUACUGCUGCUGUGUCUGUUGCGUCCUCCCCGGCCGCCGUGCGGUCUCCAGAGUGGGAGCGGGGCAGGCUUGAAAUGUUGCUGGAGAGGUGGAAGCAGCUUCGGGGGUUGUGUGAGGGGGCUUUGGAGAUGGUUGGGGUAGGAAGGGAGGAGUAGUCUAAACAUGCAUUAGAUACACCAAGUGGGAAGGGGGGAUGGGGGAGGGUAUGCAGAUUUGAUGAACACGUUGCCUGGUGGGUGUUUUGGGGGGCGGGGGCUGCUAUAGAGUCACUGGCUACACAACGCCUGAUCGAGGAACAGGGUGCCAACAGCCCCAAAGCGUCUUGGGGCAAGGAGAUUUCCGAACAUCGCUUAUCAUUGAAGAGCUGUCUGGCAUGGCAGAAACAAAUAGUAUUGACCCAGAGUAC